AUGAAUAGUUAGAAAUUUUAUUAUGGAGAAGACAUAAUAGAAAAGACUAGAGAUUACUAACUUCCUACUUAAAUUACAAGCAUUGCAAGAUCUAAAAGUGAAAAUAGAAGGUUGAUAAAAUAAAUAACUAAAACUUCCAAUUCUCCAAACUCUAAAUCCUAAUUAAGUGGUUACAAUAACAUUACAGAAUAUAAUUAGAAUACUAUAGGUUAAGAUCGUAUAAUGAAAAGAAGAACAUUGAUACUUUAAAAAGAACUUCCUAAUCAAGAUACAUCUAAUGGCUUGUUAUCAUCUCAAACAAAAAUAAAAAUAUUUAAGGCACCCUUUAAAAAGAUUUAAACAUCAAUCGACAAGACAUAAUCAUUUAACAAUAAUAAUAAUCAUAAUUAUAAUAACAAUAAAAUGUAAUCUCAUCUUGAAAGUUUUGAUAAUGAAUAACAAUUUAUUAAUUCUUUACUAUAAAAGGAUCAAAAACCUGAAAGAAUUGAUAAAUUAAUUAAAAUAAGGUUAGCUAAAUCUUAAAUGACUAUCCAUUCUCAUUAAAGAUCACAAUAGACUGAAAUUUCAAUUGAAAAAUAAAAAUUACCUACAUAAUCUUCUAUUCGUAGAGAGAGUUAAAGAGAUUAGAGGGAUAAAAAGUAUAGUAUCUAUAAAUAUUAGAUCAGUAGAAUUAAAGCAUCAUAUUUACAAGUUGUUAUUGGCAUUUGAAGAUACAUGUCAAAUUUGGAAAGGAAAAAACAAAUUAGAAAACUUUUUAGAUAAUGAAUAGAAAUUCGUUGGUUUUAUGAAUUUUACUUAUAAUCUAACCAAUUUACCAUUAAAUAUUGAAGUAAGUCUACAUCCUAUAAAUGUAGGGAUUGGAAUAAAUGUUUAAAGGUACAAAAUAUGUACUUAAAACUUUGAAACCUUAUAUACCAUAAAGUUUAGAGAAACUUAUAUUUGAAGAUUAGGAAUGUUAAAAGUUUAGACAAUUAACAUUUUAAUAUUAAAUAUUUUAUAUCUUAAAUAAUCAUUCUGAAUUGAUAGAUACAUUUACUAAUUAAUCAAUUCGAUUUAUGGUGAGAUAAUCAAAAGAAUGUAUUGAUUUGUAACAUAAUAUUGAAAAGCAAUUUCUCAAUAAGAAUUAAAAUGAUAUGGAAAAUAUUUAAAGUAUUUUUGAGAAAUAAUUUAAUUAACCUUACUAAACAUUAUUGAAUGAGGCAAGAUCAUUUUGUAAUUUAGUGAUUGAGUAUGAUUAUGUGAAAUAAUUGUAUUGUUUUUGUAUAAAGGUACAGGAUGCUUUGUCAUAAAAGAUAUAAUAGGAAGCAAAUAAAAAAUAAGUUUAUGAGAAAGGAUUCGAUUUUAAGACUGCCUUAUCAAAGAUUAAAGCAAAAGAUGUAAGAAUUAUUUUAAAUUGAUUAGAUAAAUCAUGAAAAAUUGUUUGCUUAAUUAAUACCUAAGAAACAUGAGAUUAUUGAUAAAUUAGAUAAAUUCGAAUCUAAAUUUGGUAGAAUUGAAUCUAUAUCUAAUAUGUAAAGAGAACAAGCUAAAUUAGCUGAUAUGAAACAUAAUCAACUAUAUGAAAAGAUUCUCAAAUUAUAAAAAUAAAUGGAAUGA